CAUCAAAACCUCUUAUUCCAGGGCUGAUCGCCCUAAUAAACUUUGGCAUAAUGGCGGCUGGAACAGAUGAUGAGCGGCCAUCUGAUCUGCUCCUUAAAUGUGUAGAUAAUGGCCGUGUUGACGUUCUAUGUUCUCUUCUUUCACAACUAAAGAACAAAGCCGAUUUUCAUGACCAAGUCGAUGCACUGUGUUGCAAAGAUGGCACACUGCUUCAUCGCGCCGUCGAGCUAGAUUCCGCUGAUUUUGUUAGCGCAUUGUUGUCAAACGGAGCUAACCCGUGUGUUCAAAACGAAGAUGGAAAGACUGCAUAUCAAAUGUGCAAAUCGGAUGUUGUACGCAACUCAUUUGUUCAGGAAGCUCUUCGAGCAAUCACUUUAUCCAACAACGGACGAUUGUGCCAACUCAUCUCUGCCGGGAUUCCCGUAGACUCCUUAGACUCGAAGCAGUCGAAAAACACACUUCUUAAUUGGGCGUCGGAUUUUUCGACUGUUGAUAUCGUGAAAACUUUGUGCGAUAGUGGUGCUAGCGUGAAUCUGGCCAAUGCGAAAGGCGAGACGCCACUUUUCACAUCGGUUCGUCGAGGAGAUGAGCCUAUCGUUCGCCAGCUUCUUGCGUCUGGUGCUGAUCCUUCGCGUAAAACUGAUAAGGGUGAGGAUGUCUUUUCACUAGCAACUGCCAAGGGGGGAGCUCUUCUUCCACUACUUAGCAUGGACAAACUUGCUAGAGAAGUACAAAGAACUCAGUCUUUCGAAUCUGUAGACUAUGAUCGCGUAUCCGUAACAUCAGAGGCAUUCACCACUCAACUUUUCACUGACAGAACUGAGAAAUAUACGGAAGGCAAGCCGGAAUACUGGACAGACCUGAUAUGGCCCCAGCCAAAAUUAGUCAGGGUUAGCACUUCGAGCGGUUUUCCUCUUCCCAAAGAUAAUAGGCUCAAAAUUUAUUUCUGUGACGCCUCAAGUGGAAGUCCGCGAAGGAUGAUGCAGGCUAUACAAAUUAGUGCGCCACUACUUUCUAGCGUAAAUUUGGAUUUGGAAUAUCGUGGACACAAGACGGCAGACCAUGAAAUAUCGCCGCUAGAUGGAAAAGUGACUUGUGGCAUCUACGAUGAUGGACGUCCAGCUGGUGCUUAUGCUCUAAACAUCGACUCACGCGGCGUGGAAAUAGUAGCAAAUGAUUAUAGUGGCAUUCGUUAUGCGUUUGCUACACUUGUGCAGAUAAUUAGGCUUCAAAAAUUUGCCUCUCGGCAUGCCCUUGGAGACUCGCUCGCGCAAAAUACCAGUUACGGCAGCUCCUUAUCCAACGGCUAUACGCACACGAAUGAUUCCACAAGUAACGGAAGUAGUGUGUCACCAAAGGAGGGAAGCGCUCCGCAAGUUCGUGAAUCAGCGGAUCUUCCUGGAAUGUCUGUAGACGGUACGAUACCAUGCUUGACAGUACGCGACCAACCGGAUCGUCCUUUCCGAGCUAUCUUUCAGGACUUUUCUGGUUGUCGGAUUCUUAACACCGAAACGCUCCUGCAACUGGCGACGCGCUUGUCAUAUUGCAAAGCUAAUUAUCUGUUUGUCAAUUUCGAAGUACGCACCACAGAUCGUUACCAGUUACCAUAUACCAAUCGGGACCUGUUCCAUAUGAUGCAAGUAUGCGAGGAAUUGUUUGUAACGUUGGUGCCAUCAAUAGACACUCAGUCAAAUUACAUCGAAGCUGGCGCUGCACGCGAAAUAAUUGAGCAUUUUCUGGAUGAUUUCCCACUCAGUAAAACUGCACACUUUGGACCAAAUCUAUCCAGUAUUCUCAUUGCCAACAGGAAAGUGCUUGCGAGCAUCCAGCGACGUGUACCGAGAAUUUUCUUAUCCUCUCAUGUCGAUGAGAAGAAUGCUGCUUUGCUUUCGUCCAUUCCCACUUAUGUAACGCUAUGUAUCGAAGGAAGUUAUCCAUUCGAAGCAGAUAAACUGCUGUCUCCAAGAGUUUCGAUUGUUUUGAGAUUUUCUACAGGUGAUGACGGUUACUUAUGCGCUGCUCCCGAUUCCACGGCCAAGAAGGCAAUGUUGGCUGCAAGGCUGGGUGAAAAUUGCAAUGUGCUAGGAAUAAUGGUCUGCGAUCUAUCGACGGGAUGCGAAGCGAUGCCGCCAUCGCUAUCUUACAUGUCGCUCCUAUCCGCCCUAGGCGUAGCUUGGAAUGGUUCUUGUGAUAUGAAGAAGUUCUGUUUCUUACAACCCGCUAUUGCUGCACAUCAUAUUCUAAUGGAUGGAGAUAUGACUGGGUUAUUCGAACAAGUAGCAACGUUAGGGCGCGUGGAGCAUGAAUUGACGAAGUUUUCUUGUGGCAUUUGGCGUCCGCCAGUGGCCAACUCGACCAUUGCGGAGGAGGGAGAGCUUAUCAGCUUCGGUCCAAACAAGAAAAUGCCCAUUUCGGUCUUUGUUGAGAUGAUACUGAAUCCAGAGAAUCUGAAUCUUGAACGGCUCACUCCUGUUAUCUUCAAGAAAGCUAGAAUUGAACUGAGACGCAGUCUUAUGGCGUUAGAUGCAGCUAGAAAAACCUUGCCGUAUAACUUCGAGCUUGCUCUAGUAUUAGCUGAAAUUAAACUAGUUACCGAAUUGAUGGUUUUGACUAGCAGAUUGGGACAGGCAUUAUGUAUGCAUGGAAUGAAGACCACGAAAAUACGUGAGGAAGGUGCGCCUUAUCUACCGGGGCGCGUUGGUGUAGGCCACCUACCGCUCACAAUAAGAACGGAUCUUGCAAACAACUUGCUGGAGAUCCGUACCCAGUUCCAACAUGUAUGGCUUUCACGGUCUAUUGCAAGUACUCUUCCUAAUGCGUUAAAAAUGUUCGACAACCUAUUUAGGGCUUUGCUACCACCAGAUCUUCAGGAAGUUGGCAAACAGCUCCUUUAAAUAUGUUUUUUGAUGUGUACAUACAUAUGUACCCUUUAAGUAAUAAUAUCCAAUUUAUACAAUCGUAGUUCAUCCGCUACGUCUUUAUUUUUACUCUCAUUGUUAUCUAUACAUUGCAAAAGAUUAGCUUUAGUAUGUAUGAAAGACAAUAAUUUUACCAUAAUAAUGUAAAAAAUGUCAAAAAUGUGAUUUUGUUUGUAGUCAUUCCUUUAGAUGUCAUUAGUGCCUGCGAAUUGAAUUUAUCCAGUGACCUGUCGCUUCAAAUUGGCUUUGUAGCUCAUCAGAAAUUCUUAAUAUAUGAUUGUCAAAUUAUCUGUGAUAUGGCGAGGGCUGGGAUUGGUUGCCAAGUAUUAUUGAAUAAAU